AUGCUCGUCAGAGAUACCUUCACCACAGCAUUUGUGAAGAACCUGAUUGUGGUUCUGAUCUGGCUCAUCCUCAGUUACAUCAAUGGCACCUUGGUUGUAACCUUUUUUAGACACCAGGUUUUUUAUGAAGACCCACGUUACAUCCUCUUCAUCCACAUGGUGAUCAAUGAUGCCGUCCAGCUGACCGUCACAGUCACACUUUUUGUCUUGAGCUACAUCUUCUACAAGAUUAACGUCUCUUUCUGCUGCUUCUUUCUCCUGGUGGCCGUCUUCACCACCAGAAACACCCCGGUCAACUUAGCUAGCAUGGCCAUAGAGCGCUAUAUUGCCAUUUGCAAACCUUUACGCCACCCCCAGAUCUGCACAGUGAGAAGGACUCACAUUGUCAUCGGGUUGAUUUGGUUUAUAUGUGCGGCUCCAGAUAUUACAGAUCUAUUUGUGACUCUAGCAACAGAGCCCCUGAGCUUCUUUCAGGACUCUGUGCUAUGUAUACGCCAGAUGGUGUUCAAAGACCCGAUCCUGGCAUACAAAAGACAAGCCUUUGAUAUAAUCUACUUCACCUUUGUGUUCCUGACUCUGGUCUUCACCUAUUUGAGGAUCCUGUUUGUAGCUAAGGCCCUCUCCACAGAUAAGAUGUCAGCCCAGAGAGCCAGGAACACCAUCCUGCUCCACGGGGCCCAGCUGGCCAUGUGCAUGCUCUCCUACAUCUCCCCCAGCAUGGAGGUUGUUUUUCUUUUAAUCUUCCCGGGCCAAAUCGUAGAAAUUAGAUUUGCAAACUACCUGAUCGUCUACAUCCUGCCCCGGUUCCUGAGUCCAAUAAUUUAUGGUGUCAGAGACAAAGAGUUCAGGAAGCACCUCAAGAUGCACCUUCUGAGAAACAGGUGCAGGGUCAAAGUGCAGACAGUGCCCCCCAUGGACAAAGACAACAUGUAA